UUAUAUAUAAGCAGGAUACUUAUUGCUUAUUGUAGUAUCUAUGCUUAUCGGGGAAAACUCGCGUUAUCGGUGGUGGUUCCAUAUAAAAAACCGGAAACGUGAGAAUUGACAUGUUAGUUGAGUAAGGAGAAUUUCAACCAGUCAAUCGUCCACGGUAGAACCAAUUUUAGUUCGAACGUUUUCAUUGAUCGCUCAUAAAUCCACGUGAACGAGACGAAGCAAAAAUGUUCGUCACCGUUUCACUAGCAAUAGUGACACUGAUAUUAAUUAUUUAUUCGGUAGUCGGACAAAAUAGAAGAAAAGCUCCACCAGGGCCAUUCUCAUGGCCGUUUUUCGGCAGCCAAUUUCUAUUGAAACGUUUGGCUCGUGAACUUGGAGGACAGGCCAAAGUGUUCCUGGAGCUUUCAAAACGAUAUGCCAGCGAUGUGAUAGCAAUAACCAUUGGUAAUGAGAAAGUAUUUGUCGUUUUUGGAUUCAAGCUGUGUGAUACGGUAUUGAAGAGCGAUGAAUUUGAGGGACGUCCCUGGAACGAAUUUAUUAAAAUUCGAAACAUGGGCAAAAAGCAAGGCAUUACAAUGAACGACGGAGCAGAAUGGAAGAUAUUACGGACCUGGGUGAUACAGACCAUGAAAAAUUUCGGUUUCGGAAAACGCGAAAUGGCUGAAAUGAUUAGAAAUGAAUUGAUCAUACUUCUGGAUAACAUGAAUAAAAAGGGUCCACUUCGACUUAAAGAAUUGAUUACAGGGCCUGUGCUGAAUGUACUCUGGUUUUUGACGUCGGGACAGGCAUUUAGCAAGAACGCAAGCGUAAGUUAUUUUGGGGACUUAUUGGAACGUCGCUCGCAAGUCUUUGACAUGACAGGCGGGAUUCUCAGCGCUUUCCCUUGGAUUCGUUACAUUGCACCUGAGCUCUCAGGAUACAAUCUUCUAUGUACGUUGAACAAUGAGCUCAAGGAUUUCUUAAUGAAAACGAUCGUUGAACACAAGAAGAACUACAAGCCAGGAAGUGAGGCAGAUGUAAUUGACAUGUUCCUUAAUGAAAUGAAGAACAAUGAAAACUCUAACGUCUUUACAGACGAACAAUUGGUGGUGUUGUUGGUUGAUAUUUUCAUUCCUGGUAUUUCAACUACGAGCAUGGCCUUGGACUUCCUGUUUUUGUCUAUGAUAGUGUAUCAGGAUGUGCAGCGUAAAGUACAAGAGGAAAUCGACUCGGUGAUACCACGUGACAGACUUCCUGAAAUAGAGGACAAAGCGAAGCUCCCAUAUGUGGAAGCUGUAAUAAAUGAAGUAUACCGGCUAUGGCCAGUAUUCCCUAUAAUUGGGCCGCGACGAGUACUUCAUAAUACGGUUCUCGAUAAAUACACAAUACCAAGGGAUUCCACUGUUUUACUCAGCGUGGAAUCUAUCAAUAAAGAUCCUAACAUCUUUCCGGAACCAGAGAAGUUCAUGCCUGAAAGAUUUAUAAAGAACGGCACCUAUGAACCAAGCGCAUAUUCUUUACAAUUUGGAAAAGGGAAAAGACGAUGUCCAGGCGAGGUACUAGCAAAAUCCUCGGUAUUCAUAUUAUUUGUGGGCGUAAUGCAGAAGUAUAGUUUGUUUCCAAUUCCCGGUAAAGGACCGUACUCUAUUGAAAUUAACUAUGGCAUAUCAUCAUCACCAAAACCUUAUGAAGCACUCGCCACGCCACGAUGAUACGUAUGUCUUGUUUACGCUUUACAUUCUUAUUGAAGCUGUCAAUAAGUGGAGCUUCGUAUAUUUUAUAUAAUUAAUAAAAAAUGUUUCUUUUU